AUGGGUGGAAAGCGUCUUGUUCCAGUGGGUCUUGGAGAUGAUGAUCAAUGCAUGGAAGAUGACUUUGCUGCAUGGCGGGAGUUACUUUGGCCCGAGUUAGAUCAGUUGCUUAAGGAUGAUGACAGUUCAACUGUUGCAACUCCUUACACUGCUGCUGUGUUGGAAUAUCGUGUGGUAUAUCAUGACAGCACAGAUGCAUCAAUAUUGGACAAGAGCAUGAGUAUGUCAAAUGGUCAUGCUGUUCAUGAUGCACAACAUCCAUGCAGGUCUAAUGUGGCUGUGAAAAAGGAGCUUCAUACUGCUGCCUCUGAUCGAUCUUGCACCCAUCUAGAAUUUGACAUUGCUGGAACUGGACUUGUAUAUGAAACUGGGGACCAUGUCGGCGUGUACUGUGAGAAUGUGAUUGACAUUGUGGAGGAAGCUGAAAGGUUAAUGGAUUUAUCACCAGAUACAAAUUUCUCCAUUCACACCGAUAAAGAGGAUGGCACUCCACUUGGUGGUAGCUCAUUGCUGCCUCCUUUCCCUGCAUGUACCAUAAGAACGGCACUGACUCGAUAUGCGGAUCUUUUGAGCUUUCCGAAGAAGUCUGCAUUACUUGCCCUGGCAGCUCAUGCUUCUAGUCAAGUUUAA